AUGUAUCGGAAUCGUGUUAGAAUCUCUGCCCCUAAUUAUCAAGACCUUGAUUUGGUGAUGUGGGUGUUUUGUGAGCAGGCAGAGCUGAGGGGGUACCCUGAACUGGGAGAGCCCGAUAUUGUGGUCAAUGUUAGUAUGAUUCACUUUGUGAUUGCUUGUGGACUUAAUAUUCGCGAAUCGGCUCAUGGUCUACUGGGUCAGUUUUGUAAUGUUCCGAUCACCAUCGAGCGCUACUUGGGCUCUCUCUCUGACGGCAGCACACGAGAUGAUACCUACAUCCUGGCUGUCAACUAUCCGAACACACCCCCUCGUCGUUUUGUGACCUUCCUGCACUCUCCAACGUGGGACAGACGAGGGAAAGAGUACUGUUUGUACGGGGGUAAUCGACAGGGUGGAGGGAUAUUUGAGAUUGAAUCACCAAAUGAUCCAGUUAUCCAGGGACAAUACAGAGACUAUAUUGUGGGGGAACAGUUCGGAGUUGAGUUUGCGUAUACUCAUUUUGAUUCUUCACAAUGUAGCCUAUGAAUGCAAUGCACAACUAUAAUUACACUGGUAUGUUAACUUUGAACUUGGACACUUUAGAUGAAUUAUUAUGCCUAUGUGGUUUUAUCUACGUCUUUCAACUUGUGGUAUUCAUUAAUUAUUGUCCGUUAUUGUAAUGAUCUUUCCGAGUCUGUUAUUUGCAUCUAAAGUUAUCACA